GAUUUAGUCGGUACCAAGACAAAACCCAGACAGGACGUCGAUGAGUCCGUGAGCGUCCAUAGCAUUACAAGCGGGAGAAGCAGAUCUCCGCAUCAAACGGAACAGAGCGUCCUGUGCCUGAAACGCAAAGCAAAGUGUUGUGUUGCUGUGCCUGCGCAAAACGAGUUGAACAAACUUUUGCGCGCCUGGGUACGUAGAGCGUGCGGUGGCCGGUGAGCAUUACAUAAGCUAAAGUUUGAGCGCUUGCGGCCGAACAGGCGGCAGUGACUUGCGCGAGCGGUUAGAACGCGAACUGCGCGCACUGUUGCGGGAAGUGAAGCGACCGGAGCAUUGUGAAGCCAGUGCAUGGCUGUUUCGGCUGUUGAUGAGUUUCGGUGUGAUGUUGAUGUGAUUGUGUUGAAGAGUGUUCGGCUGUGUUUGAAAUUCGGCAAAGCAGCGGUACCAAUAAAAAUCAAUCAACUGCAUACCUCCCGUCCCGUGUUCGGUGGUGCGGAAAAUUGCGAAUUAGAAGUAGUGGAAUUGUGAGAGCCAAGCAAGAAAACAGUUGGGGAAACAGUGACAUAAGUGUGAAAAAGAGUUGGUGCAGUGAAGUACAGAGCAGAAUAUAUUUAGUGAUUGAAGCAUAAAGUGAAGACGAAUUAGAAAAAAGAAACAAAUCAAACAAGAACGGACGUUCUACAGUCUUGUGGAGGGCGCGAGUGGAUUAGCACACAUUAGUGCGAUUCAACAGAGGGUGAGGUAGCAGACCAACAACAGCACCAGCAGCAGCAGCAGCAGCAGCAGCAGCAGUGGAAGGUGAGCCGGGAAUUUCUGGAUAGGUUGUCCGGUUCGGGAUAUUGCGACUUAAGUCGGCGCUGUCGUGAUCCCGAGGGAACGAACGUAGAAUUCAUCUGCGACUUGUUUGAAGGUGUAGUUAUUACUCUACCGCGCUCGACUCUCCUCCAUCCAACCUUGCGCCCGUCCCGUCCGUGUGCCCCGAGUGUGAGUGUGUGUUGUAGCAACCUGUUGUGUAUAUUGGUGAUCCUCUCUCGUGCUGAUCGGAAGUGAUCCAGCCGGGAACUUGCGGGAGCACUUUGAGCAAGGUGUUUGUGUCGUGUGUUUAGAAUCAGCGUCGCAUCCCACCUCUAGUGAGCUAUUGGCCCCUGUUAGCCCCUGAAGUACCCUUCCGUGUGUGCGGUGUUUAUGAGUUUGUGUGACUGGAAGUUUGUAUGACGUUCGCUGUGAGUUGUGCAACGUUCCAAAGCGGUGUGUUGAAGUGUUGUGCAAUACGUGGCUAGGCACAAAAAAGCAUUAAGAGGAAGCGCAGUGUAAACGCUAGAACGCAAUUUGAAGGGAGCCCGUUGGGUGGGUGGGUUAUCGUUAUCAACUAAGCCCAAGCAACCUUCGGCGCAACAGCCUGUUUACUAGCGAUCUCGGUCAGCUGUGACCGGAUGGUUGGUGGAAGCGACUCGCCUGGCCAAUUAACAUGUGCAUCAUAAUUGCGCCCUGAAGGAUUUACCACGUGGAAGCACGACACGGUGCGCUGAUAUCAUCAGUGAAGAUUCACGAAUCAUCCUAAAGCUCACUAAACGGUCCCUUUGGUGCGGACAGUUGAAUUAAACCUUAUGGAAAUUAAAUAUUAAGCAGCUAAUCAAAAUGUCUGGAGCGAAUCCCCCUCGAAGCGUUACGCCAAACGCGCAGCAGGACUACGAUGUUACGCGUAUGCGCGAGGAAGACUUCGAGCGGCUGGCGGUGUACAUCGUGCCGGACAUGCCCUGCGAGAAGGGUGUGCCCGGCCGGGCGGAGAAAACGCUCCCCCGCAGCCUGACGCUCAAGCCCUCCCUCGUCCUGUCGACGCCCACCUCCACGACUGAGGGCGUAUGGAGUACGGGUGUCAUCCCGCGCGGCACCCGGUUCGGCCCGUUCGAGGGCGUCCGCACACCGAGCCACCCGAGCGAUAAGCAGCUGUGGCGGUACUUCUGGAGGGUGCAGGAACUGCGACACGUUUCCUAUGGGAAUAUCAAGAUAUUCAAAGACAGUGAUUUCUACUAUCUCGACGGGUCGGAUACGGCCCAAUCCAACUGGAUGCGGUACGUCGCGUCCGCGUACAGCUUCUCCGUGAUGAAUCUGGUCGCCUGCCAGCACCAGGAGCACAUCUACUUCUACACGAUACGCGACAUCAUGCCGAACGAGGAGCUGAUGGUGUGGUACUGUCGCGACUUUGCCAAGCGGCUCGGCUACGACAUCGAUCCCGAGCGGGCGACCUACUCGAUCUGCCGCGAGGAGGUCGUGAAGAAGACGUACAAACAGCCCGUCCCGCCGGAGAUCGCCUACAACCACGUGAAGCACGUGAUGGGCCUCUACCUGCCGGCGAUGGUGCGCAGUACGCCAACGCCCAGUCCCUCACCACCGGCGCCCGCAACCGUCGGUGGUCAUGUUCCUUCCGCGAAGCAUCACGCCCUGCACCAGACGGUACUGCGCGAGCCUCGCAAUAGCAGCUCGGCGGCGGCCGUCACCGGGGACGAGUCCCUGCGGGACCGGUCGCCCAUCAGGAUAGUGAUCCGCGAGCAGAGCCCACUGUUGCGCGAAAGCGUCAAGGAGGUCGAUGCCGACUCUCCGAUCUCACAGACGAAAGAGACGGCGUACGAGCAUCAGCUGACGCCGAACGAUGGGUCGGUACGGUCGGACGAGGGCUACCACAGCCACGGGUACCACGAGGAUGGCUUCACGCCCCCGGAGGACUCGAGCGACAGCGAGAGCGAGCACAACUACGUGCUCGACUGCUCGAAGAAGGCGAUCGAGCCGAAGGAGACGAGCGUCGGCCAGCACAAGGUGAGCACGAGCGAGCCGUGCGACAAGAACGAGUACCGCAAGGUGAAGAUGAAGAUGCCGCUCAAGUACGAGUUUAAGAACAACAGCAAAAACUUCAAGGUAGAGCCGGAGCUGGAGCCAACCGAGCGCGAGGUGGAGCCGGCGGUGCCCGCGAGCAGCGAACCGGUGGUGGUGGUGGCGAGCAUGCGGGAAGUAACGCCCGCCACCAGCACCGUGAUCGUGCUCGACGCGACACCGGAGUCGUCGGUGGUAGUGCCGCUCACCAAGAGCUACUACGAAGCCGAACCGACCUCGACCUCGCCCGCGACCUUCAUCCGCUACACGCCGCCCAGCUCGAGCUCGAUCCUGGAAACCAUCCUGACCGGCAGCCAGCGAGCGUCCCCGUCGGCGGACGAUCCGCACCGGCGGCAGCCGAACGCGACCCCGCCCCCGACCUCCCCGACCGAGAUGGCCUACUCGUACAAGAAGUCGCAGCGGUACGGGACGGCCUGCAGCCCCGACUCGAGCUCGCAGAACCCGCAGGCCCCCGAACCGGCCGAACCGGGCCACGGGCCGAACCGAUCUCAGCCGCACCAUCACGGCGCCGCCGGUCCCGAGCCGAAGGAGGCGGACCACGCGGACCAGCACCAUCUGCAUCAUCAUCUGCAUCAUCUGCACCAUCACCACAACCACCACCAUCAUCUGCAGGCGCACCAUCACCCGCACCAUCAUCUGCAGCCGCAUCAGCAACCGCACCAGAGCGGCUACCAUCACGAGCGGCUGCACGAGUCGCGGGAGGAGCCGACGGCCGCUGCCUCUCCCUCGCCCUCGCCCAUCGUGUACCCAGGCGAGCACCAUCCGCACCUGCACCAUCCCCAUCACCAUCUGCCGCCGCACCAUCACCACCGAACGCACUCGCCGGUGGCGUACGAGUCCCCGGUACCGAGCUACACCGCCACCAGCAGCAGCGGCAGCCUCUACUCCACCUCGAACGGGUCGGCCAGUGUGAUCAACAGCGCUUCCAGCUCCACCUACAGCCCGCCGCUGAACGGUGGCCACUACGAGAGACUGACGACCUCGUCGACCACGCCAACCAUCCGCUCGGUGUCGCCGCCGCCGCCGCCACCAACGCAACCGGCGCCGGCCCCAGGCUACGUGCAGCUCCAGUCGAAGGGGCAGCUACCGCUGGGCCACCCGCUAAUGCAGCCGCUAACGCCGCUCACGCACAUGUCCCCGGGGCGUAUCUCGCCCCCGAGCAGCCUCAGCCCGGACGGUGGUUCGUACUCGCGCAGCGGUAGCCCCAUGUCCCCGGGCAGCCCGAACUCGCGCGGCUACCGCAGCCUGCCGUACCCGCUGCGCAAGCGCGACGGCAAGAUGCACUACGAGUGUAACGUGUGCAGCAAAACGUUCGGCCAGCUGUCCAACCUGAAGGUGCACCUGCGGACGCACUCGGGCGAGCGGCCGUUCAAGUGCAACGUCUGCACGAAAUCCUUCACCCAGCUCGCCCAUCUGCAGAAGCACCAUCUGGUGCACACGGGCGAAAAGCCGCACCAGUGCGACAUCUGCAAGAAGCGGUUCAGCUCCACCUCGAACCUGAAGACGCACCUGCGGCUGCACAGCGGGCAGAAGCCGUACGCGUGCGACCUGUGCCCGCAGAAGUUCACCCAGUUCGUGCACCUGAAGCUGCACAAGCGGCUGCACACGAACGACCGGCCGUACGUGUGCCAGGGCUGUGAUAAGAAGUACAUCAGUGCGUCCGGGCUGCGCACGCACUGGAAGACGACCAGCUGCAAGCCGAACAAUCUCGAGGAGGAGCUAGCGAUGGCGGCGGCCGCCACCUCGGAGUGCUUGGAUAAGGACGGCCAGCCCGAUGGGGAAGGGGGCCGCGAGUUCUACGAAAUGUCUCACCACGGUUCGCCGGGCGGCGUUGUCGUACAGCAGACGGCGGCCGCACUGUCACCAGCGUCGCACCACCAGCAUCACCAGCACGCCGGCCAUCAUCACCAUGGCACCGAGCAGGUCAUACACAAGGUGUCGGCCGGGAAGAUCCAGCAGCAGCAGCACCAGGGACCGUCCCCGCCGAACAGCAGCAACAAUAACAGCCCCAACAGUACCAACCACAAUCUAGCGUCCUCGCCGCACCUACACUACGGUGGCCAUUUGGUGCAGUCGGGUGGCGGUGGCAAUGGUACGGCGAACGGUGGGCCCGGCCCGGCCCAAAGCCAGCACGAACCGGCCAACCGGCCGAGCGUGAUCGAGUCGAGCCAGCCGAUGGUGAUCGAGUGCACGUAGCCGGGCGUUAUACGCCACGCAGCCGGACCGUAGCAGCAGCUGCUCCGUUCAUGAGUGAGUGAUCGAGUGAUUUGGGGUAAACGAAAGGGACACUUCUGUCGAACAAACAAAAGAGGGAAAGAAGGAAAACAGGUCUCCGCACUCCGGUCUAUAUUUAUUGCCCUUGCGAGCGCAGGAGGAAGCGUAGCUUGUUUGUUUGUUUUUUUUAAAUAUUAUACUAAUGAUCAUCACUCGCAACACUGGCGGUAUACUAUUAAGCUGUUAGGGUGUACUAAUUAAGUGGUCUUAAGCAACAAACCCCCGCCCGCACUGUAACUUAUUCCCGCUAGGCAAGAAGAUCUGUAAAUAAUGGCUGUAAUCCUGCAAGAGGAAGUGGCACAGAAUGGCUGGGGGGAGAGAGAAACAAAUGUUCGACCUCCCGAGGGGGAGGGGGGGGAGAGGAAGUUAACACGCACGCACCCUAGGUUCGAAUUUGUGAUCAAAAUUGUUUUCUUCCCGCUGAGGGUAAACUGUUUGUUUUCUGUGUUGCGUGAGGCGACAUUAGCACGUAAGGAACGGUGAUCGUUUUGUGGCUGCGGUGCAAACGCAAAAUGGCUGGCUGAUACGGUGGUUAGGAUUACGGCAACAGGUAGCAAACGAAACGCAUCAAAGAUCAAAAUUGAAGUCUGAUAGCAAUUAGGGAUAUUUAGGUUGUUUGCUCGUUUCAUAUUUGCUCGAUAUUUUCCUGCCAGAAGUGUGUGUUUGUGUGCGGGGCGGGACACUUGCUGGGCAUAAUGGGAGCCAGGCCACCGGGGGUAGGAGAGGCCCAAACCAACCAGACUGACUGAUAGUUUUCCUUUGUGGGCUCGGGAGAAGGGCUGCACCGAGCGGUGGAAUGCAACCAGCGAGGGAGAGCGUGUUGUGUUGUAGCAUACAUUUGACCUGUGACCAGUGUUUGUUGCAGUCCGUUGCAUGUUCCGUUUACAUGUUGUUUGGUGUAUAUUCGUUCCCGGAAGGAAAACAGACUUAGGCUUAAGUGAGAGGAAGAUGGAGUUUAGUAGCAUAUACGAGAUAAGAAAGGGAUUAGAAGCAAAUGUUUAAAUCUAAGCAAACCUUACAAGUAAAUACCUAAACAAACAGUACAUAAAACACAACAAACACCAGACGAAAAACAUACACUACACAAUAACACAGAAAACACAGAGAAGGAGGUAGGAGAUGUGAGAGUGUAAUUGAAAAUUACGAUUCACAACUUAGCUGAAGAUCGGUGCUUUUUCAAUACCAGCGCAUACCCGGAUGGAGGCUUCCUCUGCGGAUCGCGGUACUAAUACUAUUACUCAGAGUUAAGAUUUAGAAUAAUAUAUAAAAGAACGUAUAUCAAGCAGAUGAUAAAAAAAGAACGAGAGACGAAAACAAACAACACAAAUUUAUGAAUUAAACUUUCUGGGAGAUUAAGACAAGAGAGCGAAGUAAGAACAAUGAGAGAUAGAAGGGAGGAGAGUGUGUGUAAGAGGAAUGAAAAAAAUGAUACGAAUUAGAAAAUAAUACGUACGCUGGUGCUACAAUUGGGAAGGAUAAAGAAGGAGGUAAGAGUCAAGACAUUUAUGUUAUUGCUAAAAGCAGUUCUGAAAAAAAAAAACAGUUUAAAAUAAACAAUAGAACGCAGCAGAAAUGCAAACAAAUGAUAUCAAGUAGUAAACAAGUGAAGUUUAUACAAGUAAAACAAAAACAAAAACAAAACAGUAGAAAAGAAAAAGCAACUAAAUACCAUUAACAAACGCAGAACGCUAAUCGCGCAUAGACCGCAGCCUACAGCCAAUCUAUACAGAAACGCUACAGCAACACGUUCAGGCGCCGGGCCAGACAGCGGGAGCAAAGCAAAAGGAAGGCAAUCAUCGCUCUGGCAUAGUGUGUGGCCAAACCUGACUCUCUGCACAGCACAGCAGCUGGCAGACAGCUAGCUAAGAUGACGAUCCUUGACAGACUGACCGAUUCUAUUUUGUUUGCACUUCUUCUGGGCUUUUCUCUCCCUUUCUUGCGCCUCAACCGAUCUCCACUAAUUUGCUUUUUAUUGAUCGCGUAGCUUGGAACGUUUACACGUAUACGUGAGCGUGGACCGAGCGACGCACACAUGAGGCACACAUAGAGGCUCGUGGAGCUGCAAUUGUCACGAACCGAUCAUCCUUCAGUUCAGUGCCCUUUCAGUUUCCCCCAUCUUAAGGAACACUAUUUUUUGUUUGUUUAAUUUGUUUUUUUUUUCCGUUUGCAAUUUUGCUCGUUGAUCUUUGUUCGUGUUUGUUUUUGUGUUUAUAGUAUAAAGAGCAGUUUUUUUUGUGUCUGUCUGUUUAGCCAUUAAGUCUGCAAUAGUGGCGAUCGCGUGAGAGCGCCGAUCAAAACCAUUAACAGGAUAUUUGUACAAUAAAAGCGAUGAAAGGGGCAUAGAGGGAAAAAGAAAAAGAUGAUAAAAAAUGAAAAUAACAAAAAAAAACAGAUAAAAGCAUAAUUAUACACGCAUUAUCAUACGUUACAUUUACAGACAAGCAUACACACACACACACACACACAGUUACACGAUCGUAUAUACAGUGAAAACAGCAAAAUGUUGAUCAUUUUACAAGACGUUUUCCUUCCUGAAAGUUUUUUUUUACGAUUGUAAGAUUGUUUCAAGGUGUUUGGGCACCUGGAACGUGAACGAGAGAACAACAAAACUGACUGAUUAAUUGAAUUAGUGUGUUAAUUUUUAGCCUCUUUUAAGUUGCAAACUCACAUCGAGCUAAGUUAUAGGAAAGGGGGGUUAGGGUAAACGAGGGUGUACUAGCGGUGAAGCUCACGAUACAAGCAUUUUAAAUUCGUUUACUGACACCAGAGUGGUAGGUUUGUGUGAGCGUAAGACUUUGUUUUUUUAUUGUAACUGCAACGAGAUAAAAAGCAAAAUCUACACACUCACACUCCCAGACAGGCAUACGAAUGCAAACGCAAACGGAGUGGAAUAUUAGCGCAAUAGUAUUAGAGUAAACGGGCUUAAACCCCGUAGCUUAACAUAGCUCGCAGGACCACUGACUUUUGGGAGAGGGGGCAUAAGUGAGACAUAAAUAGGGAUGAGGGAAAGACAACAGUUUAGUUGAUAAUAGAACAUGCAAACGAUACACCCUCGUUGGCAUUGGGAUCUUGUAUAAAUGGGGUGAAAAAGUGACAAAAAAGAAGCCCAGCAACAAUGUUAUAUAUUAUAAAAAAAAAACAGAAGAAGUAACGCGGAGCAACGGAAAUAAUCCUUAACCGAGAGUGUCCCGUGAAGCCGAUACGAACAGCUACCUAACUGAUAAUAAUUUAAAACAAAAACACAUAUUUGAAGUAAGACUUAACAGGAUAAUUAACUGCUGUAGUUGAUAAGUGAAUGCAAAUGCUAGUGAGCGAUGCGACGGGCAACGGUUAUACCCAUGCCCAGCUAAUAUGCGUGUGUGACUGUGUGUCUGUGUUUGUGAAGGAGACCAGGAUGGGGAAGAUGGAGAGAGAGAGAGAAAGGCGAAGAGAUUAAAACGAGUGGAACUCUUUAUAAAAAUACAGAAAAUCUUUACUGAAAAAAAA